AGGGAGAUACACGGACCCAUUUGGAUGUGACACACAGGAGUACCAUGUGGAGUAGCGUCAUGUACUCUGAGUCUUACAGACCUUAUUAAAGUUAGAUACUUAGGAAAUAAGUAUGCCGCACAUUUUGCACCGUAGUAUUAAUGUACUGUGAUAUUAGAAAGCGGCGUUUUUCUGAAUUAUUUUGCCAGGGUUACGCGUAGCCGAAUAAUGGGGAAAUCAAAGACCAAGAAUCAGAAGAAAUCCCGAGUGACUGCCAACCAUGUGGCCGAGGAGGCCUACGGGACCGUCCCCCACUCCUUCGUGUUUCAUCGGGGUCAGAUCGGCAAAAACGUCGGUCAGCUUGUCCUGGAUAUGCGACAAGUCAUGAGGCCAUACACUGCUGAGUCCUUGAAGAUCAGGAAGAAGAAUGUGCUCAAAGACUUUGUGUCAAUCGCAGGACCUCUGGGAGUAACACACUUCAUAGUCUUCAGCAAGACACCCAGCAGUGUCAACUUGCGACUGGCUCGACUUCCCAGAGGUCCCACACUUUAUUUCAAAGUGAUCAAGUAUUCCCUUAUCAAAGAUGUGGUGUCGUCACUGAAGAAGCACAGGAUGCACGAGCAGCAGUUCACACAUCAUCCACUGCUCGUCCUCAAUAACUUUGGGUCUGACGGCAUGCAGGUCAAACUCAUGGCCACCAUGUUUCAAAAUAUGUUUCCUUCCAUCAAUGUGCACAAGGUUAGCCUUAAUAACAUCAAGAGGUGUGUGCUUCUGAAUUACAACCCAGAGACUCAGGAGGUAGAGUUCCGUCAUUACAGCCUGAAGGUGGUUCCUGUGGGCAUGAGCCGUGGCGUGAAGAAACUGAUGCAGGAGAGGUUCCCCAACAUGGGCAAAUUUGAGGACAUCAGUGAGCUGCUGUUGAAGGGAGCUAAUCUUUCAGAGAGCGAAGCAGAGCAGGAUGGGGAGCACAACAUAACUGAACUUCCACAGGUCUACUCUGGCCGUGGCAACAUGGCGUCCCAGCAGAGCGCUGUCCGCUUGACUGAGAUUGGUCCUCGCAUGACUCUGCAACUGGUUAAGAUACAAGAAGGCAUGGGAGAGGGCAACAUCCUCUAUCAUGCAACUAUCUCCAAGACAGAGGAAGAGCUCCAGGAAAUCCUGAGCAGAAAAGAGGCCCAGCUCAAGGAGAAACAGGAGCGUCGCCAAAAGCAGGAGCAGAAUGUUGCUCAGAAGAAAGAGAAACGGGAUGCGCACAAGAAAAAGAGCCUGGAGGGCAUCAAGAGGAAGCACCAGGUUGAGCAGGAGGACAGUGAGGUGGAGGAUCCAGGAACACAGGACGAUCAGGCAGCUGCCAUUGAUUCUGAAGACGAGGUGGAGUACUACAGACAGGCAGUCGGGGAGGAGCCAGAAGAAGGCAUGUUCCCUGCAGCCAAGAAGAGGCGACAUCCAGGAAAGUCCCCAGGACCCUUAAAGAAGAGGAGGUUGUCCUCUGGUAAAUCCUCGGGGAAAGACAAAAAUGCGAAAUCACCAAAGAGAUACGGUUCAGAAGGACAGCACAGAAACAACACAGGAGAUCAACAAAGAAAAGGAGGGAACAAAUUUAGGGAUGGAGAGAAACCGUUUGUGAAGAGAAAUCGACCCGGUGGUAAGACAUUUGGGGGUAAGAAAGCUGGUGACGGGGAAAAGAGGUUUGGUGGGAAGAAAAAAUUUGACAAAAACAAAAUGGGUGGAAAGAAGAAAAUGCAGAGGGAAUUCAAACCCAAGGGUCAGAAAGGCAAGCCCGGCUUCAAGAGGAAAGGUCCUCAUGCCGGGGCAAAGCAGGGCUUCAAACAGAAGAAAGGCAAAGGCAUGGUUCGAAACGCCAGUUGUGAGAAAUUUCAAAUAGCACUGUUGCCCUCAGUGUAUGGGAUUGAAUUCUGUAUUGCACUGGUGGGCAAUCUGUUUGCCCUGUGGCUGCUGGUGACCAGAGAGAGAAGGAACUGGCACACCGGUGUUGUCCUGUCCUGUAACCUUGCCAUCAGUGACCUGCUCUAUGUUCUCACCCUGCCUUUGCUGAUUGUGUAUUACAAACUGGAUAAACACUGGACAUUUGGUGAUGCGGUGUGCAAAAUAGAGAGGUUCCUUUUCACCUGCAACUUAUAUGUGAGCAUCUUCUUCAUCAUGGGGAUAAGCGUGAACCGCUGCGUGGCCAUUGCAUACCCCUUCUUCACUCGAAACCAUGUGCAGCCCACUCACGCCAAGGCUGUCAGUGUCUCCAUCUGGAUCCUUGUGGGAGUGAUUUCCUCCCCUGUGCUGAGAUUUGCCUCCACUUGCACGGCCAGGCAUGCAAACAAGACGCUGUGUGUCUCCUACUGCGACCAGCUUGAUGAAAGGUCUCACUUCACUUACAAAAUCUUCCUCUCUGUGUUUGGAUGCCUUGUGCCAUUCCUGGUUACUUUCGCUUCCUACUCUGUGGUGAUUUGGGUGGUGUGGAGGAAUGCAAAUAUAACCGCACUGGAGAAACGCAAGGUUGCCCUGAUGGUCAUGUCAGUCAUUGUGCUCUACGCCGUUUCCUUUGGGCCUUACCAUGUCUUUCAAAACUACCACUUCUACCUGAAAAUUAAAUAUCCUGACGACUUCAUCUGUUGGGUCUACGAUUUUUACCAAGUGUCCAAGGGACUGGCAGCUCUGAACAUGUGUAUCCAUCCACUCCUGUACAUGGCUGUGUUUGACAGUAUCAGGAUAGCUUGCUGUGGGAAGCAUGCAGAGGAGAAAUGAGGAGAAAUAAAUAAU